UAUAAGGUAAAAUCAGAUGUCGCCCAAAAUCUCCGCGGGCUAAAAGAAGCCGCAGUAAUUUAAGACCAAGUUCCAGAAAGCCAUGUAGCCACCAUAUCCCAUUGUCCCUCUCCUUCCGUUUCUUUCAGUCACAGAGGGCAGAGAGAGUCAAACACAAAAGAGCACCAAACUAUUGAGACACUCCUGUCUCCUAGUACCUAUUUCACCUUCACUUUGUACUACUUUUUUAUUGUCUUUCUUCUCUCUCUUCAAGCUUUUAGCUGUCUUCUCUCUCUCUUACUCUCGUAAGCUCUAUUCUUUUUCCUCUCUCCCAGAAUCUCAGCCUCCCUUUCCAUCUUUAGAAACCUAGCUUACCAUAUUGUACCCAUCGGCUCUAUUCCUAGAUGAAGAUCCAGUGCGACGUCUGCAGCAAAGACGAGGCGUCUGUUUUCUGCACCGCCGACGAGGCUGCCCUCUGCGACGCCUGCGACCACCGUGUCCACCACGCUAACAAGCUCGCUUCCAAGCACCAACGUUUUUCCCUUCUCCAUCCUUCAUCUAAAAACUUCCCUCUCUGUGAUGUCUGCCAGGAGAAACGGGCUUUCUUGUUUUGUCAACAAGAUAGAGCGAUUCUUUGCAGAGACUGUGAUGUCCCCAUACACAAGGCUAACGAGCAUACCCAGAAGCAUAGUAGGUUUCUUCUCACUGGUGUUAAGCUCUCUGCAACAUCUGCGCUUUAUAUACCCUCCUCCUCCUCCGCCGUAACCAACGGAGGUGAUCUUGUUCCUGAUUCCAAGUCUCAAAAACAGCCAUCUACCAACAAACGUGUGCCCGUCUCCCUCCCAGUUUCUCAUCAUCCUUCAACUGCAAAGACCUCAACUCCAAACUCAACGGUGAACAAGACCUUAUCCUCAAACACGACAGUGACCAAGGCCUUAUCAUCAACCACGACGGGGAACAAGGCCUUAUUCUCAGACACAACGGUGAACAAGGCUGGGGAUAAUCUGCUAAUAAAUGAAGGAAUUGGUUCGACAAGCAGCAUCUCAGAGUACUUGAUUGAGACGCUACCUGGUUGGCAUGUCGAGGACUUUCUUGAUAUCCCUUCUACUGCCUUUGGUUUCUGUAAGCCUGAUGAUGGGAUAUUGCCGUUUGUGGGUAAUGAUCUUGGGAGCAAUAUUACCCCUUUCUCGUCAGAAACAAUGGGAAUUUGGGUCCCUACAACGCCAACUCCUCUAUACCCAUCUCAACAUUAUCCACAGAUGGGAGGACAAAUUGGAUUAAAGGAGACAAAGGAGGCCACCAACAUGAAAGCUAACAACAGAAGCUGGGCUGAUGAUGCAUUUACUGUUCCACAGAUCAGCCCUCAAUCCACUGGCUCCAAGAGAUCUACUCCCUUCUGGUAGGACAAAAUUGACUUGCUCUUACACGAGUAUUAUCAAGAACAAGGCCUAAUGCUUUGUAUUUUUGAGAUAUCUUUCAAUCAAGUUUCGUCGGAUCUGGUUUAAAUUGUGCAUUUAUCCUCUCUCUGGUUUCGUACGUGGUCCAGUUGGAUUUUGUUUCUGCUUUUUCUUGUACUUGCAAAGUGUAGACAUCUUCUGUAUAUACAAAUGACUAAGCUUUUCCGGCC